AUGCCCUUGUUAAUUCCUGUCCUCUUGUCGCACAGAGUGGAGGUUCAGGAAAACUGUGUUCGAUGGAAGAAGAGGUUCACCUUUGUGUGUAAAAUGAGUGCCAACCCCACGACUGGAGUGCUGGAUCCCUCUAUCUGUCGGGUCUCUGUGCGGAAGGUAAGUCUGUGUUGACUGAUUGGAGACCUCUCUCUUACCAACACACAGCUCUAUGCUGUUAUUUCUGUGUCUGUGAAUAUCCGGGGCUACAGUUUCCUGCAUGUACCACUGGAUUAUGUAUCUUUCCAUGUACUAUUCACACCCCUGUUAACUCUCUGUAGCCUCUGUAAUCUGAUGGUAGAUCAGUGCUAAACACACACUCCACUGCAUGCCAGACUGCCAAAGUCCUCAGUAGUCAUCUCCCUCUUCCUGUUUUCUCUACAGGAACUCAAAGGAGGAAAAACAUAUUCAAAGGUAAGAGCCCACUCCUCCUGA